AAUUAAAUAUAAGUGAGUUCAACCAUUAAUCCUAUUGCGGGACCUUGACUUGACUGCAACAAAUUGACGACAGUGAUGCACCCAUCCUCAAAACCAAGGAUCCAUCCCUACCCUACACACAUUACUUGUUUUGUGUUGUGCUGCUCCUUUUUCAACAAGUUACUUGUCACUUUCUCAUCACUUCACUUCUUGUUUUGGUAUCGUGUCAAAUAAAAUAAAAAACAAACACAUUUGAGACACACUCAGUGAAGACGCUACUACUACUACUUUGCUGUUCCAUUCCUGAUUCCACCGACAAACACAACACAAUGGAGACUGUUGGUUCUACAAGGCUUGGUCGAGCUUCUUCUCGUUACGGUGCACCUGCUGUGUUCAAUGGUCGUGUUAGAAAAUGGGAGAAGAAAUGGGUUCAUGUUUCUCCUUCUUCUUUUAACAACAACUCUAAAAAUAAGAAUGAUAAUGGUAACGACAAAUCUCGUUUACUUCUCCGACGUUGGACUCCGGUUACUAACACUUCUUCUUCUUCUGCUGCUGAUGAGCCACCCAGAAGGAAGUUUCGUUAUACUCCUAUUGCUGCGCUAGAAGAACAGAAAAAGGGGGUUGCGGAAAAGGUUGAAAAUGAAUCCACAAUUGAGAGUGACCAGAUGAAAGUUAGACAGACAGAUGUGAAUCAUGGGGUGCACAGGAAGCUGAAUAUGAAUGAAAUUUUGGACAACACAAAGGACUCAAACAUGAAUAAGUUGGAUCUUGAUUUGGACUUCCAAGGAAACAAUGGUGAAAACAACCAGGACAGUGAUGACUGAUGAUCAUAUGGGAAAAAAUUAUCUAGUGGGUGGUCCAUGAACUACAAAGAUAUCACGCGGCAUGCUAUAUAAGCAUAUAUAUAGUUAGUUUGUCAGUUAGAAUGUUGUAUAUAGUUAGUACUUCGUACUUAUCUAGUGCAUGUAGCAUCAGCAACUAGUUGAUGAGCAUAGUUGAAGUUGAGACUAAAAAAGUAGCUGAAGUUUGCUUAUUCUGAUAAUUAAAAGUCAGUUAUUUUGGUUGAUUGCAUA